ACGUUACAGCAAAGGUUGAGGCGCAAGAUCAGUUUCUAACGAGAAUUAAGAAAAAAAACUGAUUGGUUCUAAGAAAAGGGCGGGGCCACGAGACCCUCCAACUGCCGGAAAAGCAAGUUUUGUCUGGCAAAGGCCUGGGUCCCAGCGGCCCUUGAGUGAAACCCAACGGUCCCUUACGUCUCGGCGCUAUGACACUGCGCGUGCGCAAGCACCUGUCAAACGCGCAGACGGAGGCCGAGAAGAAAAACGCGGGAACCACCUAUCUCAGUUGGAGCAAAAUGGCGCGGGAGAACGAGAUGCAGGAGUUCACUCGUAGCUUCUUCGGAGGCCGCCCGGACCUUAGCACGCUCACGCACUCCAUCGUGAGGCAGAAGUUCUUGUCUCACACCGGCCGCGACCACCUGGAUCCUGAGGAGAAACAGGCACUGAAGCGGCUAGUGGAGGAGGAACUGUUAAAGAUGCAGGUGGAUGAAGCAGGUGCCAGAGAAGGGCUAGACCAUGCCAAGGAGGCUAGGAGGCCUCCCACCCCCUGCAAAGAACCAGAGAGAAAAAGGUUCCGUUUGAAUUCGGAGUCAGAGCCCAGCAUUGCAACCUCCAGUCCAGACCUCGUGAGCCCCCCAGCAAAGAAUGGGAUGGCAGCAAUAGUCAGUCCAAAGCAAUAUUCAAAAACAGUAGAGAGCAGCGAUGGGGAAGAACAGCAGAGGGACCUUACUGCAAAGAUUGGAUUAGAGAAGGAGGUGAUGAAGGAGAGCUGUAAGGAGGAGGAAGAGAGCUCUGCUAGAACAAAUAAGGUUUGGAAAGAAGAGAGCAGUGAGGAAGAGGAUGGGGAAAAGAAGUCCAAGGGUAGGACUAGGAAGAAACCUGGGAUAAGAGACAGGACUCAGGGGAAGGGUGGCAAAAGGCAGAGUGGAAGCAGUGAGGAGGAUGGAAAAGACAAAUGGAGGAAGUUGAGACCAGCUACUAAACACACUGGAAAGUCAGGCAAAGUGGCAAGUGGAAAGACAGCCAAUGGUGAGGCAAGUGACUUGGAGACAGAGGUGAGUGACAUUGAGGCAGAGGGGAUCCCCAAGGGCAAGAGGAAGAACUGCUCUUAUAGGAAGAGCUCCAAGAGAAGCAGGUCACGGAGUUCUUCCUCUUCUUCAGCUGGCAGUCCAGAACCCAAAGGUGGGAGGGUGAGGGUGGAGUGGAAAACUACAAUUAAGAACAAGCAGGCACCAGGUGAGAUUUCAGCCAGUAGGAAGCAGGCCAUGGAGGAGAAUGAGAACAGUGAGGAGGAACCUGCCCAGAGGACAGGAAACAAAGGUGCUAAAAGCCACCAGGAAAGUGAAAAGGAGAGUGAGGAGGAGGAGACCCUCGCCAAGAAACAGAAGAGAGAGGAAGAGGAGGAAUGGAAACCCAGAGCUUCGAGCAACAGAGGGGAAAAGUCAGCUUUGAGCAGUGAGCAGAAAAGCAGGGCAGCGAGAGUGCUGGGAAACACGGGGGACAGAAAGGAAGAAAAGGUAAAAGCAGAUAGUGGGGAUGACAGUGGAGGAAAUGAAGAGCUCCUAGUGCAAAGGAAGAGCAAGGACAGGACUCAGGGGAAGGGUGGCAAAAGGCAGAGUGGAAGCAGUGAGGAAGAUGAGGAAGACAGAUGGAGGAAGUUGAGACCAGCUUCUAAAAGCACUGGAAAGUCAGCCAAAGUGGAAAGUGGAAAGACAGCCAAUGGUGAGGCAAGUGACUCAGAGAGAGAGGCGAGUGACAGUGAGGCAGGGGUGACUCUCAAGGGGGAAAGGAAGAACCGCACUUACAGGAAGAGCUCCAAGAAAUGCAGGACACGAAGCUCUUCCUCUUCUUCUUCAAAUGGCAGUCCUGAACCCAAAGGCAGGAAGGCUGGUCAUCAUGGUGAGGACCACCCUGCUGUGAUGAGACUAAAGCGCUAUAUUCGGGCCUGCGGAGCCCAUCGCAACUACAAGAAACUCCUGGGCUCCUGCCACUCACGCAAGGAGCGCCUGUGUGUCCUCCGGGCAGAGCUGGAAGCUCUGGGCAUGAAGGGUAACCCUUCUUUAGAGAAGUGUCGGGCUCUGAAGGAGCAGCGUGAGGAGGCAGCUGAGGUGGCUUCCUUGGACAUUACUAACAUUAUCAGCUGUUCAGGUCGGCCACGCAGGCGCACGGCCUGGAACCCUUCAGAAGCAGCCACUCCUGGGGAACUAUACCGCCGGGCCCUGGACUCAGAGGAAGAGAGGCACUGUCCCCCACGCCCAGAUUGGUCACAUAUGCGAGGCAUUAUCAGCAGUGAUGGCGAGAGCAACUGAGCUCCCUCAUCUACCAGGGACUUAAGACAUUUGUAGAAAGCACAUAUACAUAUAGCACCCCCCUCAACCAACCCCUCAAAUAUGUGCUUGCACUGAACAGAAGCACUUUCUUCUAAGACUCAUAACCCCUAGGGACACAGUUGGGAUCCUACUUCUCAGCUUCACAUUCUCAGUUUAAAGUGUUUAUUAGGGGGGUUAUUUAAGACUCAAUAAAGGUGUGUUUAAAUCA